ACGAGCCGUGCACCAUGUCCCCUCCUGCAUCGGCUGCGACAGCGAGUGAAAGCAGCACGACCACCGUCUUCGAGGAGGACACCAGAGAAGAGCAAAGGCCACUGAAGCAAUCUUUGAGCAAGUCACUAUGCCGCGAGAGCUUCUGGAAAUGCCUGCUGCUGUCUGUCCUCAUGUACGGCUGCAUGGGAGCCAUGGUUUGGUGUCAUGUCACCAAGGUGACCCGCCUCACCUUUGACAGUGCCUUCAAAGGGAAAUCUAUGAUGUACCAUGACAGCCCCUGCUCUGAUGGCUACAUUUACAUUCCCCUGGCUCUCCUGGGCAUGCUCUAUUUGGUCUACCUUGUGGAGUGCUGGCACUGCCAUGUCAAGAAUGAGCUGCAGCAUAAAGUAGAUGUAGAGGGGAUCUAUGAGCGCAUUCAAAGGAUGCAGCAAGCUAAACCCUGCAUCUGGUGGAAGGCCAUCAGCUAUCAUUAUGUUCGCCGGACUCGACAGGUCACACGUUAUCGCAACGGAGAUGCUUACACAAGUACCCAGGUUUACCAUGAACGCGUCAACACCCACGUGGCAGAAGCUGAAUUUGACUACAGUCACUGUGGCGUGAAGGAUGUCUCAAAACAGUUGCUUGGCCUGGAGAAAUCAGCUCUCACAAAGUUGCGAUUCACCAAGUGCUUCAGCUUUGCCAAUGUAGAGUCUGAGAAUUCCUACCUCACCCAGCGGGCAAGGUUUUUCACUGACAAUGAAGGCCUUGAUGACUAUAUGGAAGCCCGGGAGGGCAUGCACCUGAAAAACAUUGACCUGAAGGAGUAUGUCAUGGUGCUAUCUGACCCGGAGCACCAUCCCUGGUAUCUGUCCCACUACGUCUUUUGGCUCGCCUCGUUCCUCACUUUCUCCUGGCCUCUGAGAGUCUUCACAGAGUACCGUACUGCAUAUGUCCACUUUCGUGUUGAGAAGCUAUUCGGGCAUGAUUACCUCCCAGUGACCCCUUGUGAUGACCGGCCAUAUUGCCGUCGUAUCCCUCGUGUCAACACCAUUGACAGCACAGAGCUGGAGUGGCAUAUUCGGUCCAACCAGCAGCUGGUGCCAAGCUACUCAGAGGCUGGCCUCAUGGACCUGGCCCAGUGCCCAACGAGCUUCAGCGGCCUCCGUCAGAACUGUGAGCGUUGCCACAGAGCCAUCAGCUGCUCGUCAGUCUUCUCCAGGAGCGCCCUCAGCAUCUGUACCGGUGCCAGCUCCCGCAUUCCCUUCAGCGGCAGCCGCUUCUCCCUGGCACGGCGAUACGGCUCCCAGCGCAGCUGCUUCUGGAGGAGUGGCAGCCUGGAUGACCAGGAGAGUCCCAGCGAAAACACCCGCUGUUUGUCAGAGCGCCUCACCACAGAUGACGAGGACCCCCCAGACUACCAGGACGCCCUUUGCUUCCCAGUGCUCAUUGUCCACUGCAGUGAAAACUGCCACAACCACAGGUCCUUCCACAGAAAUGGCUCCUGUGUGGAGACUUCCCUAUGACUAUGCAGUCACUGACAAAAAUGCAGUGGCAUUUCUGUAGCAUACAAAGACACUGGACAUGAGAUGCCAAGUGUGCGAGCAAUGUUUCAUGAGAGAUACAGGCUACAUGUGUACAACACACGUGCUGCAUUGUGAUUCUGCUCUUUUAAUACCCAAGAAUCGCCAAAGCAAUAACAGAGUGAUCUAUCAGUGGAGAGCAUAGUGACUGUGGGCUGUCAACCUGUUAGGGUACACUAAUGUGAAAAUAUGUAUGUGCUCGGCGCGCAAUGAAAACUAUGUAGACAAAGGCUGUUAUACAUUGCCAUAGCUUUGAAGGUCUCAUAUGUGCAUCUAAAACUGAAACUGAAGCUGCGAUUACCUCAAAAGAUCUUUUCAAAGGGCCACGGAGGAGAUGCACCGGUGUAAAUGUACAUGAAAUAUCUCACUCAUACACUAGAAUCUAUAACUCAAAAACAAAAAC